AUGUAUGAAGAAAUUCUGCAAGAUUUAUCUUGUCAGUUGACAAUUGCUCACCGAGAAAAACACGAAUCAAGCGAACGUCUGCGACAGUCGCUCCUUCAAAUCGCUAAACUAGAGAAACUCGUCAACAACAUUUUGUUGUCCGGCCAACAACAAGUACCUCCUUAUUAUUACACAGAAGCCAUAGAUGAAACUAACCGUCUUCAAAACUGCAACUACAUUCACUUCUCCGGCGAUUCUCCGUCGGGAUUCUCCAUCGCAUCGCCGCUGGAUAACUUUGUCUCGAGCCCACCAGGUGAAAAUGACUCGCCGGCGAUCUCUGAUUCUGCUUCUUACGGCUCCUCGUCAAAUCAGAUGGGUUUUGAUGUUCAUAACAGGAGAGAUUUUGAGACCGUUGUGCUGGAGAUUAUCGGAGGAGUGUUGCCGGAGAACGGUAAGUUUUUUCAUUCUGUCAGUGAAGCUGGACAGCUGCUUCAGUCACUGCUCGUAACCGGUCCGGUUCCGAAAUGGAUAAAUCCUCCGGUUUAA